AUGGCAGAAGAUCUAGUGUUGGAUACAGCUAUAAGAGAUUGGGUUUUGAUCCCAUUAACAGUAGUGAUGAUUCUCAUUGGGAUCCUUCGUUACUUUGUUUCAAAGCUUAUGCGAUCUCAGCAAAACCCAGAUGCUAAAGUUGUUAAAGAAGGGCAAGUUGUUGUAAGAGCUAGGAAUUUGCGAGCUGGAGCUAACUUUAUACCUGCUAAGUCGUUUCGAGCUCGAAGGGCAUAUUUUAGCAACGAGGAAAAUGGAUUGUUGCAUGUUCCUAAGGGCCAAGGUCAAAACCCACAAGCACAAAUGUUCUCUGACCCGAAUAUGGCCAUGGAUAUGAUGAAGAAAAACCUUUCUAUGAUUAUACCCCAGACUCUUACCUUUGCAUGGGUCAACUUUUUCUUCUCUGGAUUUGUUGCAGCCAAGAUACCGUUUCCACUGACUCAGAGAUUCAGAUCAAUGUUGCAAAACGGGAUUGAUUUGAGCACUGUUGAUGUUAGCUAUGUCAGCAGUCGUUCAUGGUAUUUCCUUAAUUUGUUUGGAUUAAGGGGUUUAUUUAGUCUCAUUCUGGGUGAAGAAAAUGCUAUGGAUGAUACACAGCGUAUGAUGCAAAUGAGUGGUUUUGGUAUGGAUCCAACAAAGAACUUGAGUGCCGAGAAAGACGGUCUUGACAUAAUUCAACAUGAAUGGGCCCUACCAAAAUUUGAGCAGCGUGCUGAAGCAGUGUUGAAAAAACUAGUCAGUUGA